AAGAAUUGGAAGGAUUAUAAAGGUUAUAGCAAAAGCGUUUCUAUUCUACUUUUUACGUUACAUGGUUUUAGGAUGAUAGUUAGUAUUUUUUUCUUUCUUUCUUUUUUUGAGUAAUAAUAUCUCCCAAUUGAUUUUUGGUGGAGAAAGGCAUAAUAUAAUUUAUGAGCAUUAGAUAUCAUGAGUUGUCUCUCUUUUUACUUGUCAUGUCAGUCCAAUACUUAUUGGCUUUCUCAUUUAAAUUCAAAAUAAAUAUUUCCUAAAAAAAAGCAAAGCAAGAAAAAUCAUAUAAUACUAAAAUAAACCACUCGGCAUUAAAAUAAGAAAAUUGAAAAUUGAUCCUCCACCUCCACCGCUUAAAAUCUAAAUCAUACAAUAAUCGAAUUCAAAAAAACGACACUCAAAUUGGCAGGCCUAUAGAAAAACGACAGCAAUUUCUUCAUCUUCUUUCUUUAUUUAAUUUAGUAUUUUAUUAUUGAGCUGCAAAACCCAGUCCUUUAUAUAUAUGCUUUGACUGAGACCCUUUCGAGUUUUAUUCCACUUGUUCCUCUCAUUUCAAAAAUGUUGGUUUUCUUCCUAUCUUCUCUGAAAAAUCUCACUACCCACAUUCAAACUUAACCAGAAAACGUAAGGAAAAAGCUACAGAGACCGUUUUUGGGUUUGAGAAGAAUCGAAAGAAAACAAUGGAAGAUUACAUGAAAGAAUGUAUGAGGAAGUUGGCGAUAUGGUACACGAGAACCUUCAAACCCAUCAUGACCCACGACGAGUUGGAGCCCAUUAUGGCCACCUUAGGCUUCGUGGGUCUACCUCCAUCUACGGCGGCGGCGGCGGCUUCUGGUAGCCUUUGGAAGGAAUAUGUCUGCUCCGCCGGUCGGUGGGUUGCUAACAACUCGGCUGAGCCACCGCCAAGGCCCAAGUUGCCAUAUCCAAGGAUUGAUGGCCUUCAUAUCUAUACCUAUCGUGCUUUCACCGAAGCCGUCAACUUUUACCUCGAGAUGGGUAACUUCUCCGAUCUCUUUCAUAUUAGGGGUAUGCCACUCCAUCGAAAUCUCGACAGGAGCAGGAAGUGGCGUCGUAUGGAAGAAGAUGACAGUGUGUUUGUGUACAGGGAUGGAACCAUAGAUCAAGCAACAUAUAAUCUCUAUCACUUUGCUAAGAAUAGCAACAACAACAAUGGAGUCAGUAACGACAAGUCCAAGUCUAUUGGACUACGAAGCAAGGGAAACAACUCUACCAAUACUUGUGUUGUUCCUUGGAAAGAUAUAGUUCCAUGCCAGUAAGGUUGGAGAAAGUAUAAGCAAAAAAAGAAAAAAAAAGAAAUAGAAAAAAAACUUUGUUUCAUUUUUUAUAGAAGAAAAUCUAAAGAAUAAAGAAAAAUGUUAGUUAUAUACAUUUGGUUGAGUGGUAUAUAGUAAUGGAUUUUAGAGACAUGAAUGAAAAUGAAAGGUGUAACGGUUUAAGGGUCUUUUGUUAAUGUAAUGGCCUGUUUUACUAACUAUAUUUAUUUUCCUUCGUGAUGU